ACGACAUCGUUUAAGAAACAUCGUCUUGAGGUUAGACCAAAAGCAAUGUUUCACUUGCACUCAGCUCCGUUCUGGUCACGACAUGAGAGGCUUUGCUUCUUCAGCAUCUAGAGUAGCGACGGCGGCAGCAGCAGCAGCGAAACCGGCCAAAUCCCUAAACCCUAAACUCUCAAAAACCCUAAAUUCCUCAGGUAAAUCCACCAAUCCUCUGAACCAGCGUUACAUUUCGCAAGUCAUAGAGAGAAAAGAUUGGUUUUUGAUCCUGAAUCAAGAAUUCACCACUCAUCGAAUUGGUUUAAACACUCGAUUCGUCAUAAGCGUUUUGCAGAAUCAAGACAACCCAUUACACUCCCUGCGAUUUUACCUCUGGGUCUCCAACUUCGACCCUGUUUACGCUAAGGAUCAGUCUCUGAAGAGCGUUCUAGGGAACGCACUUUUUCGUAAAGGUCCUUUAUUGUUGUCUAUGGAAUUGCUUAAGGAAAUUAGAGAUUCAGGGUAUCGGAUUACUGAUGAAUUGAUGUGUGUUUUGAUCGGAAGCUGGGGAAGAUUAGGUUUAGCUAAGUAUUGUAAUGAUGUUUUUGCUCAGAUAUCUUUUCUUGGAAUGAAACCAAGUACAAGGCUUUAUAAUGCUGUGAUUGAUGCGUUGGUGAAGUCUAAUUCACUUGAUUUGGCUUACUUGAAGUUUCAGCAGAUGCGUAGUGAUGAUUGUAAACCGGAUCGGUUUACCUAUAAUAUACUCAUCCAUGGUGUUUGCAAGAAGGGUGUGGUUGAUGAAGCCAUUCGAUUGGUUAAACAGAUGGAACGAGAAGGGAACAGACCUAAUGUGUUCACUUAUACGAUUUUGAUUGACGGGUUUUUGAUCGCGGGGAGGAUUGAGGAUGCAUUGAAGCAAUUGGAGUUGAUGCGGGCGAGAAAGUUGAAUCCUAAUGAAGCUACAAUCAGAACUUUGGUUCAUGGGAUUUUCCGUUGCUUGUCGCCGUGUGAAGCGUUUGAGGUUUUCCUUGGGUUUAUGGAGAAAAACUCGAUUUUGCAAAGAGUAGCUUAUGAUACUGUGUUGUAUUGUCUUUCGAAUAACUUAAUGGCUAAAGAGACUGCUCUAUUCUUGAGGAAAACGGGUGAGCGAGGUUAUAUUCCGGAUAGCUCAACGUUCAAUGCUGCGAUGAAUUGUCUCUUAAAAGGGCAUGAUCUUGUUGAGACGUGUGGGAUAUUUGACGGUUUUGUCAGCCGUGGAGUUAAGCCAGGAUUCACUGGUUAUCUUGUAUUAGUUCAAGCUCUGUUAAAUGCUCAGAGGUUCUCUGAAGGUGACCGGUAUCUGAAACAAAUGGGUGUUGAUGGGCUUCUAUCAAGUGUAUAUACUUAUAAUGCGGUAAUUGACUGUCUCUGCAAGGCUCGACGGACAGAGCAUGCAGCAAUGUUCUUAACAGAGAUGCAUGAUAGAGGUAUUUCUCCGAAUCUUAUAACUUUCAAUACUUUUCUAAGCGGUUAUAGCGCGGGGGGCGAUGUAAAGAAGGUUCACGGCGUGCUAGAGAAGCUUCUUGAAAAUGGUUGCAAACCAGACGUGAUCACUUUCAGUUUGAUCAUAAACUGUCUUUGCCGAGCAAAAGAAAUCAAAGAUGCAGUUGACUGUUUCAGUGAGAUGUUGGAAUGGGGGAUUGAGCCAAACGAGAUCACAUACAAUAUCCUGAUUCGCUCCUCUUGUUCCACCGGAGAUACCGGUAGAUCAGUGAAGCUGUUUGCGAAGAUGAAGGAAAACGGAUUAAGUCCAGACCUUUAUGCAUACAAUGCGAUUAUUCAGAGCUUUUGCAAGAUGAAAAAGGUUAAGAAGGCUGAGGAAUUGCUUAAAACAAUGUUGAGGAUUGGUUUGAAACCAGAUAACUUUACGUACAGCACUCUCAUCAAAGCUCUAAGUGAAUCUGGAAGAGAGAGUGAAGCAAGAGAGAUGUUCAGUUCAAUGGAAAGACAUGGAUGUGUUCCAGAUUCAUAUACUAAGCGUCUUGUUGAAGAACUUGACCUUAGACAUAGUGGACUCUCGAGGGAAACCGUGUCAGCCUCAUAGAAAUCUAAUCCUCUGGAGUUUGAAUACCCGAUGAAGGCUUAGGGACUGGAAAAGUGGGUUCUUUUCAUUUGGAAAUGUCUGAGAAAGCCCGGUCUUGGCCACGGUUAGCCCCUUUGAUGCAGACGCAAGAGAAACAGAACAUGAGUGCAAAUGCGGAACAGAGUAUUAAGUUUUGUUCUUUUGAUUGAUCAAAGCUUUUAUAUCUUUCUGGGUCCGAGAAAGUGGCGGCAAUGGUAAUGGCAGUUGGUUGGUACUUGACAGUCAAAAAGGCAAAAGAUUUCGUAUUCUUAACACUAGGUGGCCUUGUCCCUAAGUUAUACCCUUACCGUGUAACAGUUUUGCCAGAUUAUAUUUGAAUAAUUUUGUUGUUUCUAUCUCAAACUAGUAUUAUACAACAUAAAUAAAGGCUUAUCGAGCAU